UACAGAAAAAAAAGAUUAGCUACUAGGAUGGACAGUAAGAAACGUUUUAAAUCAAAAAUUUCUCAGGAGAUGGAUCAGACUUCGUGGUCAUCAGAAGUAGCCACCACGCUCCCCGGAUCUCACACCUAUGGAUUUUUUCGCAUGGGGCUUCUUACAAAGUAAAGUGUAUCAAACUCUGCCGGAAAAUACGGAAACUCUGAGAAAUUGAAUUCGCAACGCGUGUGCAAAGAUCACUCUUCUCAUGCUCGAACGAAUAUUAACACCAAGCAUAGACCUAAAGUAUGUGAAAAGGAAAUUUUGCUGGAAGUUUCUCCUGGAAGCUUUCUGGACUGCCUCUCUCACGGUUUUUGGCCGUGGUUUUCCCGUGAGAUUAAGGGCGAAUGCCGAGGCAGGGGACCGAGAGCUCUUAGAGCGAUGGGUCCACGGAAGUAUUUCCCCCUCUGAUCCCGAAGAAAAAAGACCCAAGCGCGCAAGACUCAAAAGGGAAGAAGAGCACGAGCGGCAGAAGGCAGGGGACAUGCGAAGUCUCGUCAUGAGAGCCUGGCCAGCUCUAUAAGGAGAAGCUUGGAGAGGACCUGUUGCAGAGACUAGAGUGGAUGGAGCCCGGUAACCGUCUAGGGCAGGAAACCGUCCAGAAGCAGUUGGCCUCCCGAGAAGUUAUGCAGCAAGUUGCCUCACUGAUUGUCGGGACGAUAAUUUAGAGAGGGAGGGCAGUGUUGCGUGCGUCCCGCCCGGUACGCUUUUCGUCCGCGAGUCAGUCGACUAACUCUGAGCUGAAGCAAGCGGUCAUUCCGCAGAAGUCGCGAAGCGUCCCCUUGACAACGGGCUGCUGUUUUAAUAGCGGAGCCUUUUAAGAACCUCGGCUUUUAAACUGUUUUGACGUGUUCUCUGGUGUUCCCUUUAAUAAAUAAAUUCGUUCGUUAAUUAAUAAACGUGUCGUUACUUCCGCAAGUGCGCGAGUGUGAGUGAGUGCGUGUGAGAGCAAUUCGAGGAGUCACGGUCUCAA